UUCUACAAAAUCGACCAACAAGCGUAAGCAAAGAAAAGAGCACAGGCAGGUGUACCUUCACACAAGUGUCUCGCUUCAAUCCCGACAUGGCCGAUUCGUCCAAUGCUGCCCCGAACGAUUCGCAACGAUUAAUACCUGCAUCAAUGCCAGACUCUUACACUCAAAGGAACACAUUCCAAAGAAAAAUGAACAUUACGGCCCUAGAGUUCUUCCAGCCGACACUCGCUCACGGGCCCAACUUAAAUCAGCAGUUCUUGGACGUGGGGUGUGGAACGGGUGACUUCACCAAGACCGAGCUCUUGCCCCGCUGCCAGCCCUGCCAGCGCAUCGUUGCCACAGACACAAUCCUCAAGAUGAUCGAGUACGCCAGGAAAAAUUUCGCCCAUCCGCAGAUCGCCUACGAGGAGCACGACAUCCGAGGUGAUGUGUCGGGACUCAUAGCGAAGUACGGCCAGUUCGAUCGAGUCUACUCCUUCUAUGCCCUGAACUGGGUACAAGACCAGACCACUGCACUUCGGAACAUCGGCAACCUCAUGAAAGACGACGGUGAUUGCGUUCUCGUGUUUGCGGCGCGAACGGCUGUGCGCAAAAUUUGGAAGAGGCUUGUCGAGAUGGAUCGCUGGAAGCAGUAUGAUCAGCCAUCCAAAAGCUUCAUUGCGAAGACCCAAGACCUAGAAGACCGCGCGGCUCUAAUGUCGUACAUGUACGAAACCCUGAAGAACGCCAACCUGAAUCCCCUCAGCUGCGAAGUGCUAACUUCGGUGCACAGCGCCGAGAUCUCAGACCGCACAAUCGGAAUCAGAGGCGCUGUCUCUAUGCUGCUGCCACUGCUACCGGAAGAAACACGAAAGCAAUUUAUGACUGACCUGGAAGACGUUAUUCACGAAUUUUGGACGGAAAAGGACCCUGCCGAUCCUCAGUACCAUGUAGACACGUUUGUUAUUCAUGCGACGAAGCUUUAACUGAAACAAAAAGAUGUACCGAUUGAAUUAUCAAUACAGCAGGCUAAAAAAUGUUGCUGGAGACGUUUCCUCACUUUGGGUUCGUAGUUAAAUAAAUAAAGGGCCACUGGCUUUUCAA